GACAAGAAGCCAGUCAUGUUUCCUGGAACAACCAGCAUGCCUCUCUCUCCUCCUCACUUACCUCCCUCCCUUUCUCCAGUAAAUCUUGACGGAUCCAUUGCCAAGAGCAAAGUUCAGAGCAGACCUGACAAUGUAUUCGAAGAGAAUAAGGAGAGAAUAAAGAAAAUGUUUGAUAAGAUUGAAUUAUCUAUAUCAAGUUAUGACACAGCUUGGGUGGCAAUGAUAUCAUCACCUUCUACUCCACAAACUCCUUUGUUCCCUCAGUCCUUGAACUGGUUAUUAGAAAAUCAACACACAGAUGGAUCGUGGGGUCUUCCUUAUCAUAAUAAGUUAUUAACCAAAGACUCUCUUUUAUCAACCUUAGCUUGUGUUGUUGCACUUAAGCAAUGGGGUGUUGGCGAACAACAAACUAAUAGAGGACUUGGAUAUAUAGGAUCAAACAUUGCUGCAGCUUAUGAUGACAAACAACAUUCUCCAAUCGGAUUUGAUAUCAUCUUUUCUCAUUUAAUUGAGUAUGCCCAAAAUUUGGGUUUGAAUCUUCCACUUGAAGGGAAAAGUUUAGAGACAUUCAUCCAAAAGAGAGCAUUUGAACUCCAAAGUGGCUGGGGAAGCAAGUCAGAAGGAUGGAAAGCAUAUAUGGCAUACAUUUCAGAAGGACUUGGGAAGUCACAAAAUUGGGAAAUGGCUCUAAAAUUUCAGAGAAAUAAUGGCUCUCUUUUCAACUCUCCCGCUGCCACUGCAGCAACAUUUACUCAUAUUAAUAAUGCUCAUUGCCUUGAUUUUAUAUUUUCACUCUUAAAUAAAUUUGGGAAUGCUGUUCCAACAAUACAUCCUCUUGAUAUGUAUGCUCGACUACAUAUGGUUGAUAGUCUUGAAAAACUUGGCAUUAAUCACCAUUUUAAGGAGGAAAUUGGAAGUGCAUUAGAUGAAACUUGGAGAAUGUGGCAAAGGGAAGAAGAUAACUUAGUGUUAGAACCCACUACAUGUGCCAUGGCAUUUCGUUUACUACGUUUGCAUGGAUAUAAUGUUUCUUCAGAUGCACUUGAUCAAUUUUCAGAACACAAAUUUUGUAGUACUCUUCAAGGUUAUUUGAAGGACGUUAAGUCUGUUUUGGAGUUACAUAAGGCUUCACAAAUCGUCACACAUUCAAAUGAUUUAGUUUUAGAGGAACUAAAUUCCUGGACAGGAUACUUUCUCAAGGAAUAUUUGUCUACUUCCUCAAAAAAUGCUCACAAACCUUCUUAUCAUAUCAACCAUGAGGUGCCUUUCGCCUGCAUUUUCCUCAUCAUGCUUAUUUAGAUUUCAUAUUAAAUCGAACAUCUAUAGAGCAUUACAAUGUGGAUCAAAAGAGAAUUUUAAAGUCUUCAUAUAGGUACACCUUCACAACCUACUCUAUUUUUUUAAUAUGCCAAACACAUAUAUGUGGGCUUCUUGAGUUACACAUAUAGAUUAGUCAUUUCAUAUUUUAUUCUCUUCUUGAUCAGUUCUUCAACCUUGCAAAUAAAGAAUUUUUGACACUAGGAGUGGAACAUUUCAAUCACAACCAAUUGAUAUUUCGUGAAGAACUUGAUCUAUUUAACAGGUGGUUUACAGAAAGUGGCCUGGAAAAACUGCAUUUUCCAAUAUCAAAAACAAAAGCUGCUUAUUCCUUCUUGACAGUAGCAGCAACACUAACCUCCCCUGAACAUCGUGAAGCUCGUCUAACAUGGGCAAUGCAGGGC